AUGGGCGGCGACGACUGGAGCUUCCUUGAUGAGGAGGUGGCGAGGCUGGAGAGGAAGGGCGGGAAGGGCGGGAAGGGCGAGGGGCGGCGGCGGCGCGGCGGCGGCGGCGGCGGAGGAGGCAAGCGCGACGCGACGAACGAAGGCCGAGACGCUCCGUUCGAUGAGUGGUCCGCGCUGGACGCGGAGCUCGCGCGCAUAGAGGGCAAGGGGAGGAGCGGGCGAGGCGAGACGCCCGCACGCGAGACGCAUCGACGGGAACCGCCUCCGCCCGCGCAUUCCCAUCCCCCGCGGCAGCAGCGGGAACAGCGGGAGCAUCAGGAGCGGCAACAGCAGCAGCAGCAGCAGCAGCAGCAGCAGCAGCAGCAGCAGCAGCUACGACGACAAUCUCCUCCGCCACCGCCCGCGCCCAAGGCGGACGACGACGAGGACCCCGCGACGCGCGCGGCUAAGAUGGCGGAGCGCGCGGCGAGGUUUGCGAACGAUGCGUCCACUCGCGCGGAACACGCCGCGAGUAACGCGGCGUCGCUCAAGUCCCGCCUCGGCCCUCCAACCCCGGCCCCAUCCAACGCCAAACCCAAUCGCCAUCGCGGCGACGAAGAACACGGAGCCCGCGCCGCCGCGAAGGCGACCGGCGCGGACGCCGUCACCGAGGACACCGCGCGUCACGCGGGUCACGCGUUGGUGGGGACGUGCGAGUCCAUGUGCCCCGACGCCGAGCGCGUGGACCGCGAGCGCAACGGCGAGAUCGAGCUCUUCGAGCGCGUCGACCCGGCGUCGCCUUCGUCGUCGAGCGCACAGCUGUGCGUCAAGAAGUUCACCCGCGUGGUGGAUAAUCCGUCGCCGUCGUCGAUACGAACGCGAACCGCGCUGGACAAGACGUGCGCGCACCUGUACGGGCUGCUGGGCGGACGGUGCGACUACCCGGACGGGGAGGUUUCGCUUCUCAGGCGGUCCAACUUUCUGUGGGACCGCCUGCGGUCGGUGCGACAGGACAUGGGGCUCCAGGGGUUGACGGCGGGGGGGUGGGCCGCGGCUAGGCUGGAGGAGAUGGCGCGGUUCGCCAUCGCGGCGGAGUACCUGCUCUGCGAGAACGUCGCCACGAUCCACGAACCGGACGGCCACAACAGCCACCUGCACAUAGAGCAGCUCGGCAAGACGCUCACCACCCUCGCCGCCGUGUACGCAGACGAGGGAAAAAACGGCGAAAAAGAGUCUUUCCCGAACAGGGCCGAGAUGACGUGCUACUCGCUGCUGCUGCGCAUGGACGAUCACGGGCCGUUCCGCAACUCCGCGUCCACGUUCCUCGCCGUGUUACGCGCCGCCCCGAGCGACGUGCAGCGCUCGCCCGAGGUGCAGUUCGCCCUGGACGCGAGGCGAGCGUACGCCGCCGUCAACGCGCCCGCCUUUUUCGCGCUGGUUCGGAGCAAACGGUGCUCGUACCUCCAGGCGUGUCUGCUGCACAAGUACUUCGACGCGCUGCGGUACAAGGCGCUGGAGUUGGCAAACUGCGUGAUGAACAAGUCUCCGCUGCCGAUGGAUGCCGUGGCGGCGGAGGUGCUGUUCGAAGAUUCGGCGGCGCACGCGGCGGAGAAGUGCGAGGCUUGCGGGUUGCUCGUGGAGAGGGAGGGCGAAUCUCUUUGGCUGCGCGUGAAGGAGGCGGCGUUCGCGGAGCCGGGGGUGGAGAAGGCGGCGAGGCGACGACGCGAGCGAUGGGUGGAGCGCAAGGCCCCGGCCAUCAAGAGCGCGAACAUGUUCAGGUGGCAGGCGUUGAUCACCGGUAAGGUGGGCCGAUGA